AAAAUCCAGUUUUAUAAUUGAUGGAUGUUUUUCAUAAUUUGCAAUGAUAUAGAGGAAAAAUUUACCAGUAAUUACAAUCGCCUAAAGUAAAAUCAGGUCGUGGUCAUGCAGAAAGGCGUCCGAUUCAACGAAACCCAACUGCAGUAUUUGGCAGCCAAAUCCCGCCGAGAAAAUACUAUUUCCGGCUACCUGCACAAGCGCAGCAGCGACACCGGAAAAUGGCAACUUCGCUAUUUUGUAUUGUACCAAAACCUACUUUUUCACUUCGAAAGUGAAUCAGCUCAAAAACUGUCUGGAGCAACCCUUCUGGAAGGUAGUUACUGUGAAAGAGUAUUAAAUCCGGCCGCAUUAAAAGCCGUAAAAGACACCGAAAAACAGUAUUGUUUCACAAUUACAUACAAGAGCCAAAAAAAUGAGAUCACACGGCAGAUUGACUUCCGAACUGACACAGAGGUUGAAUGUAAUGCCUGGAUUGACCAUAUCAAGCGUGCUCCGUAUAGUAAAGUGUUGGAGCAAAGAGAGGAACUGGAGCAGAAGCAUCUACAUCUGCUGCAGAUUUUGGACAGUGAGAGACAAGCCAAGUGGCACUAUGUCCAGCAGACUGAAGAAUUGGCCACAUCAGUCAAGGAGCUGAGAACGGAGCUACAGAAGUAUAAGAAGGAGAGGGUGUCCACUCAUAAAGUAGAGGAGGAGACUGAUGAAAUCAAGAAAAUCAAAAAGGUUCAAAGUUUCUUCCGUGGUUGGUUGUGUCGGAGACGAUGGAAACAGAUUGUGGAGCUGUAUAUUCGUUCUCCACAUGCAGAGAGCAUGAGGAAGAGAAAUAGCAUUGUGUUCAGUAUGGUGGAGUGUGAAGAGGAGUAUAAUAGACAACUGUCCACUCUAGUCACUUGUUUUCUUCGCCCUCUCAGAAUGGCUGCCUCAUCCAAAAAACCACCAAUCACCCAUGAAGAUGUAAACUCAAUUUUCUUGAACAGUGAAACCCUGCUCUUUUUACAUCAAAUUUUCCUAAAGGGAUUAUGUGCUCGACUAGAAAACUGGCCAACUCUCGUUCUAGGUGACCUGUUUGAUAUGCUUCUUCCGAUGUUGUGUAUAUACCAGGAAUACGUUAGAAAUCACCAUUACAGUCUUCAGGUCCUAGCAGAAUAUAAACAACGACCAGAAUUCAACGCUCUCCUGAAACGCUACGAAGAAAAACCAAUGUGUGAAACCCGAACACUAGAAAUAUUUCUCACCUAUCCUAUGCAUCAGAUUCCUCGUUACAUCAUCACCCUUCAUGAGUUAUUAGCACACACUCCACAUGACCAUGUAGAGCGGAAGAGUCUAGAGUUUGCCAAGAGUAAGCUGGAGGAACUGUCUAGGAUUAUGCAUGAUGAAGUCAGUGAAACUGAAAACAUCAGAAAGAAUCUGUCCAUCGAGCGAAUGAUCAUUGAAGGUUGUGACAUUUUACUGGAUGUUAACCAAACAUUUGUCAGACAAGGACCUCUAAUUCAAGUGUUCAAUGAGAAGAGCAAGUCAAGUUUGUGGCCUAUCAAAGAUCGUAAAGAGAAGGAAGUAAUAUGUCAGGUGUUUCUCUUCACCAAUCAUAUGCUUCUGACAACCCGAGCAUCAAAUGGCAGGCUUCAUCUCGCCAAAACAUUGCCUAAAAGGCAGCACUAUGGGAAGAUCCCCCUAAUUGAUUGUACACUGAUAGAGGACCCAGGGGCAGAACCCUUUAUAAAUGACCCUGACACAUCUUCAGUAGAUUCUAUAGACAGUAUCCGAAGUACAGGCUCUUUAAAUACCCUCAUCCAACCUGGCGAGAAGGAGACACGCACAGAUUACAAUGGACUAGACUUUAAAAUUAUAGUAGAUACCAAGAGUGGGAACGGGACAUCCAUUACUUUAGUGGCAGCCACUCGCCAGGAAAAACUGGCGUGGUGCUCAGACAUCAGUCAGUGUAUAGAAGAUCUCCACUAUAGUGAUCUCCUGAAUACCUCAAUGAGUGAAUCAUCCUCAGUCACCAUGCCUCAAUCUGUCAGAUACAUCCACAGCUCUCAGAUAUGGUCAGAUCGUAGACUGUUUUCGGAUGAUGUGGAUAUAAAGUUCAGCAGGACCCUUAACUCCUGUAAAGUUCCGCAGAUUCGACAUGCCAGCGUAGAGCGUAUUUUGGACCGCCUAACUGAUCUCCGGUUUUUAAGUAUUGACUUCCUGAACACGUUUCUCUUGACCUACCGUGUGUUUACUGAUGGUAAGACAGUUCUGGAGGCAUUGAAGAGAGUUUACAAGAAUCCAGAAAGUGGAAAUCUAGAGACUUCCCUCACGUCUUGCCAGUCACAGUCAGAAACAAACUUGUAUGGAGAAGGUAGCCCUCCUCAGGAUAUAUCUGGGGAGCUGCCAAAGAACAUCAGUAACCUGGUGAAGCCGCUGCCAGACAACAGAAGGAUCAGCACGGGCUGUAUGCCAGUGUACGAGAGCAGGCUUCCCAAAUUAACACAAGAAUCAUUUGCUGAAUCAGAAGAGGAGUCGUCGGGGGACACGGGGGAGAGUGACGAUGCCCCUGAUACCUCCACUCUAGUUAUUCCAGGGGCCCAGACCCUGGCUCCUUUGGCUAUCUCUGAAAAUUUAACAGAACAUGAUGUGAAAGGAAUAAUUUUACCUGACUCGCUGCAAGGAGAGUCUUCAGCAGAUAAUUUUGAUGAGCUGUAUAAGCCAAAAACUACAAUAACCACGUCUUCUGUCUCAACAAGCUCCUAUACACUGAAAUCUACAACUAGUUCUGACACCCUGACCCCCGGGACAAGUCCUAAACCAUCACCUAGGGUAAGCCCCAGGGUGAUGGUUAAUGAUCAAUCCUGCCAGACCAAUGGGGUGAGAACACCAAGCCCUCGACCAAGCACUAAGAUUGGAUUCUCGGGAGAAUCUCUGUUAGAGUCAUUAUCCCAGAUUGUGUCCCCAACAUCUCCUAAAAAAAUAUCAAAACCAAUCCGGAUCCCCUCUCCCUCUUCCAGGAGUGGACCCACCUCUCCAACGUUUAAUCCUCCUUCCCCCCUCCAUGGGCGUACUUCACCAUUGCUGCGACACACGCCCAGAUCCCCAAGUCUCAGCCCCAAGCAUCCACGACGCACACCAUCACCCAUAAGUCCCAGUAUGUCAUCCCCAAACAUCAUGACAUCGCACAAAAUCAAGCAGCCAUUCCUGGGAACCCGAGGGAGCCUGGAAGCUGAAUCCCUCAUUACAAACACCAGAAGCUGUAGUCUGGUGUCCCAGAUUGAGGGCUCCCCACCCUCAGCCAAAGCGGGUGUGGUGGUUAGUUCACAUCGCAAGUCCAAAAGAAGAGCUACAUGGACCAGUUUUAGUCCUAUGUUUUGGUCCAGUUCUUCAGCAGCAGUGGCAGCUUUUGCUGCAGCAACUGCAGGGUCAGUCAAUUCACAGGACCAGCAACCAGCACAAGGUCGUCAGCAACAGGUCUCCACAGCAACAGGCAGUCAGCAGACAGCUCAGCAAAAACAAACACAAUCCUCCCCUCGCUUCCUAACCUCAGAACAGUCAAGUCGAGUAGUGAAGAAACGUGAGUCUGUCAUUAGUACAGCUGCCACAAUGAGAGUCCUUAACAUCAUCAAACACUGGGUGUCGAAGCAUCAACAGGACUUUGAAUGUGACAAGGAAUUGAAGGCUGCUGUUGUAGAUAUGUUACAGGAAAUGGCCUGCAACACCAUGCUGAAUCCAGCGGAACAUAAGGUAGCACUGUCACUACUAAGAACAAUCGCUAAAGAUUCUGCAGAGCAGAAAAACAAAGUAGAUCUUGAGAAACUGUUACAAGCACCAGAGAUUUCAACCAAGGAGAACUUUGACACCUUGUCAGCCAUGGACAUUGCUGAACAGUUGACCUAUCUAGACCACAAAAUUUUCAUCAGCAUCCGCAGCGAGGAGUUACUUAGUCAAGCCUGGAUGAAGGCAGAGAAGGCAACAAAGGCCCCUCAUGUUUUGUUAGUGAGCAAACGAUUUAAUGAAGUCAGUCGUUUGGUAGUAUCGGAAAUAGUGAGAAGAUCCGUGCUCCAGGAACGGGUGGCAUGUAUAGAGAAAUGGGCAGCCAUUGCUGAUAUCUGUCGCUGUAUGAACAACUACAACGGGGUCCUGCAGAUUUGUGCUGCCUUUGUCAACAGCUCUGUGUAUCGACUAAAGAAAACGUGGGAGAAAAUCCCCAAAUCUACAAAGCAAACCAUAGAAAAACUGCAAGAUUUAGUGUCUUCCAAUGGAAGAUUUAAAAACAUGAGGGAUGCAUUGCACAGAUGUGAUCCUCCCUGCAUCCCUUACCUCGGCAUGUACCUGACAGAUCUGUCAAUAAUAGAGGAAGGUAUUCCAGGAAAUACAGAAGAAGGACUCGUCAACUUCUCCAAAAUGAGAACGAUAGCUCAUGUAAUAAGGGAGAUACGUCUUUUUCAACAAACACCUUACAAAAUAGAACAUAUUCCUAGAGUAACCAAUUACCUGCUGGACACAAACCGUCUCCUUGACGAUGACCAAACAUACCGAGCUUCCCUGGAAAUAGAACCCAAGCAAUCUCGUUUGUCCAAUGUCUCCCUCAAUCCAUCUUGACGGAAAGGCAUUAUGGGAGCUCCUAUUGGAAAGAGCCAAUCAGCGUAAAGCUUUUGUCUGGGAACCACAAGUCCCUCUCAACGAUCCAUUCCAAACUCUCAAUACUGUGGUCAUUUAAGCAUUUCUGUGUGCUGGAGAAAACAUCGAAGACUGGAUGUACUAGCUGUUGUUGAUUUAGGAAGUUUAUAUAGAUAAAAGCGUUUCAAAACGCAUUUUGAUUGUUGAAUUAAGCUAGCUGCGCUUUCACAUCCAGAAAAGUAUAUUAAAUUAUUAAUACAUGUAUCUUCUGUUAGUGCAAAAAACCGGUGAUUUUCCAUGAAAGAUUGCAAUACCACAUUACAGGAAAUAUCCACAAAUUAACCAGUGCAUCAUGGGUACUUUUUCUCUCAUAAAAGACAAAACCGGACCAUUCAAUCUGUGAUCAGCUUAAAAUCUAUAACCUUAAGAAUUCAUUAGAAAGCAGUAAAAGUUCAUAAACAUGGCUUUAAAAAUGACAUAAUUUUAGUCAGAAUGAGUUGGUUUGAUGGAUGUGUUAUAAGCAGUGAUCUCAUUUGAAUUUAUUUGGUGCCAUGGUGAUGAGGCAUUGUUUAUGUCUCGUUUGUUUCUCAGAUGUAUAUAUAACCAGUUGUUGUGAUGUGGGUAUAGUCACACUUGAUAUUCUGUUUAUAAAUAGAUUCAUUUUGUAAUUUUUACACUGAGACCUUACAGACAGAGAUUUAUUAGCUGCUUUGUUUUAAAACCAAGUUUAAUGAAGUUUUUUCUUUUAAUUUGCAUUUUUUAUGGAAAUAUCAAAGAUAUUUAUAUAAGACCAUCAGUAGAUUUCAAAAGAAAACAAUAUUAGGUCUUCUGAAUUUUUAUCUGAAAGUUAGUGCAUUUUUACAGUUUAACUGAAGCAAAUUAAGUAUUUGAAUUUUUGUCAGGGACCAGAUUUUUUCAUGAACAUAUCAAUCUGAAGUCUGUUUCUUUUAAGUGGACAAUGAAUUUUCAUUGAUUAAUGAAUUAAACUGAAUCGUGAAAUGUUUAAUAACUACAUUCCAUUGUUACAUUUAAUGGCCUCAGGCAAACAGUUUGGUUCUUGGAUCCGACAAAACCCAUAUUAAUGCCCUCAAAACCAGUCAAUAAAUGUAUCAACCUUUCAAAUACUGACCCAAUUGUGUUUAUUCCUAUUUUGAACCGAACGUUAAUUUCUCUGUGGAACUUAUUAUAUUAAUUCCUCUAUAAAACAAAAAUUCCAUAUAAUAAAUUUUAGGCUGUAUAAUAUUGAAAUGUUAAUUAUUAAGUGUUGAUUGAAAUCUUCUUUGAUCCCAGGAUAUACAUGAUUAGUAAGGCAUAAUUAAUGUGCACACAUGCACAACAAAAUCGGAUACUUCUUUAUUUCAAUUUUCUGCCAGAGUAUGAUAUAUAGGCAUUUUAAAAUUGUUUAUAUGUGAAUGAAGUAAGUUACAUUAAAUAAAAAUUCUUUAAAAAAAAUACAUGCAAUAUAAGUUGUAUUUAAUGGUCCUGACUAAAGUGAAGAUUGGUAUAAAUUGUUCUCUGUAAAGCUAGAAAUGUAUAACUUUCCAUAAUGCAUGUAUAAUGUUUUAAUAUCCUGUUAAAUGCAUCAUUUGAACAAGAAAUUUUUCUAUAAUUUUUAUCUCAAAAAGAUAUUUUAAGUAAAAACACUCUGUUCCAACAGGUCAGUGUGGAAUUAGUUAAGUCAGGAGGAAACCAAUUCAUAUUUUAUAUUCCACACCUCUGUCUGGAGAGAUGUACGAUAUAGAAUUUUACACAAUGGCUUGCUUUAAGUAAAUCAAGCUUUUAUUGAUAUUAUAACUAAGUUGGCAGAUAUUUAUAUUUCAUUACAUUGGAAAUAAAAUUUUCAAAAGUUUUAUAUCAUAGCAGUAUGACAAACCAAGGAGAUUAAUGUAUAGGGACCAAAGUGAAAAAUACCAUAUCCAAUGUAACAUUUGAUAUACAAGAAGUCCAAGCAAAAAAAAAAGAUCAAACUGUCAAUUAAAGAAGACUUUUUAAAAUUAUAAUUGUUGUGCUUUUUCUCUAGCCCUUCCGGAAGCAGCCUACAUUAUAAUCAGUUGAGUGAGUGUAUUUGGUCAGAUUGUAUUCCCUGUUACUAUAUAUACAUGUAUAUCUAUUUACUAUUAAAUUCUUCCUUUUCAAAA